AUGGUUGACACACUCAGGUGUAAGCAUGUUAUUGCUGACAUUCUUGGGAACGAAGCAAUAAGAAAUUUAUUCUCUAAAGAGGACUGGGCCCUGACGAGUGAUGUCUUCACCGAGCUGUCCAAGGGAAGAGUUUUGCCUGCAGGCAAAUGCAGCCAUGGGGCCAACACUCCGCGGAGUGUAUAUGUGUGUACAUGUACGUAUGUGUGCCGUGCUUUUCUUGUCUCGUGUACCACGGGUUUUGCAGUGGGGGGCUGCUGCCGCACACCUCACGUUUGCAGCCGUCAGCUCCUUGAAAACCUCAGCGAUCCUGACUCUCUGCAGGAAAACCCAAUUGGCGAGUCAGUCGCUGGCCCCAAACUUUCAGCCCUGCCUGCUUUUUAUCCUAUUCAUCUAGCUACAAAAAUACCCCAGAAGUCGCUUGCCCUGGGGCUGGAACGCGGGGGUGGGUGGUGGAUGAAUCCCAUUCAGCAUGCUGUCAGUGGUUCCUUCUGGACAGUCGUUUUCUACACAAAGCAAUCUUGGCGUUGUCACUCCCGCAUAGAAUCACAAGCCGAGGUUACUGAACUGGAUUUGACUCUGCCCACCAGCAGUGACAUAAUCAUUUUUCCUUUUCCUUUUUUUUUUCUUCUUUUCUUCUUCUUCUUUUUUUAUAAAAGCUCUUCUUCUAGGGAGAGGAUAGUGGUAAAAGACCGAGCUGGAUGGAUGGGUAUGGGGAGAGGGGCAGCACCUACAGCCCUGGGAUUCUUGCAGACCCUCGCUGUCUUUCUCUGCAUCUUCCCUGCAGCCACUUCACAGUGCAAGAUCCUCAAGUGUAACUCGGAGUUCUGGACUGCUACAUCAGGCACUCACUACCCAGGAUCUGAAGACGCCCCUGAAUUCUGCACCGCGCUUCGUGCAUACUCUCACUGUACCCGGCGCACAGCCCGCACGUGCAGAGGGGACCUGGCCUACCAUUCAGCUGUCCAUGGCAUAGAAGACCUAAUGAGCCAGCACAAUUGCUCCAAGGACGGUCCCACCUCACAGCCCCGUCUCCGAACCCUCCCACCAGGAGACAGCCAGGAACGGUCCGACAGUCCAGAAAUCUGCCACUAUGAAAAGAGUUUCCAUAAACAUUCAGCUCCCCCCAACUAUACUCAUUGUGGGUUGUUUGGGGACCCUCACCUCAGAACUUUCACGGACCGAUUUCAGACCUGCCAGGUACGAGGGGCUUGGCCUCUUAUUGACAAUAAUUACCUGAACGUGCAGGUGACCAACACUCCCGUGCUGCCAGGAUCUUCAGCUACAGCCACCAGCAAGCUAACCAUCAUAUUCAAGAAUUUCCAGGAGUGUGUGGAACAGAAGGUAUACCAGGCAGAAAUGGAUGAGCUCCCAGCAGCUUUUGCUGAUGGCUCCAAGAACGGUGGUGACAAACACGGGGCCAACAGCCUGAAGAUCACCGAGAAGGUGUCUGGCCAGCAUGUAGAGAUCCAGGCCAAGUACAUCGGCACCACCAUCAUUGUGAGGCAAGUGGGCCGAUACCUGACUUUUGCUGUGCGCAUGCCAGAAGAAGUAGUAAAUGCAGUAGAGGACAGGGACAACCAGGGCCUCUACCUCUGCCUCCGGGGUUGUCCCCUCAAUGAGCAGAUUGACUUCCAGUCUUUCCAUGCCACAGAGAGCUGGGGACCUCGGAAAAAGGGGCCCAACACUCCUGUUUCCUCCCCAGAGGUCUUUACUUACGAGACGGCCACAGCCAGGUGCAAGGAGAAGCUUCCAGUGGAGGACCUCUACUUCCAGGCCUGUGUGUUUGAUCUGUUGACCACAGGGGAUGUGAACUUCACACUCGCUGCUUACUACGCCUUUGAGGAUGUCAAGAUGCUGCAUUCCAAUAAGGACAAGUUGCACCUCUAUGAAAGGACAUGGGACUUGCCCGGCAAUGCAGCCCCCUCGGGCCAGUGCCAGCUAUUCCUCCUUUUCCUUGCCACCCCGGUGUGGUGUUUGGUCUCGGUGUUCUCGUAGGUGUUUGUUGUGCACCCUAGAGGAAAUGGACUUUAGAGUGGGAGGAGAGGGCAGGCCUCUUCCUUGGGAACACCUGUCUUUUUUUGACCUGGUCAGAAUCCCCCAGGGAGCAAAAGCGUUCUUCUCACAUCUCUGUCACCCUUCUUCUCUUUCCAAAGAGAAGAGACGGGAUCGUACCGACCCAGCAGGCAGGUUGGUGAAAGACUGUUACCUCACGGAGACAGAUUUUUGCUUCCUUUGCUGGCGAGGGUAAGGGGGUGUCCGUGCCCACCCCCUAGUUACUGCUCUCUUAGUAGUGCCACAAAGGCUGUAGUGACCGUGAUGUUGGCAUUUGUGAAAGUAGCAUUGUGUUUGAAUAUUGGGUAGCUGCUGCCGCCUGGCCAUUUCAUCAGUGGGGGUGAAAAGAUCCUCUAAUGCCCAGACUUCUCCCCAUCCCUAUCCCCAUCCUCAUCCCUGUCGUAUGAAUGUGCAAACCGUAAAACGCCCUGCACUGUGUGCCUCGUGGAACUCUAGACUCCUUUUUCUCAGAUCUCUCUCACACACACACAACAGCCAGGUGCGUGCCCAAACACGCACAUGUAAAAUGCACUGAACUAGUGGACAGAGAUGCCCCGUCACACACGGGUUUCUGCUGACCCUCGGAAGCACACACGCACACAGAACCUCGCGAUCACGCUGAUGCAUCCCCGGCAAUCCCCUCACACAAAAACACAGGUAGAAAACUCAGAGGGCUUCCACUAAUGAUAGUUUCCUUUCCCCGUGAAUUCUCUAAUGCCCUGCAGGGGAGCCGGCUCUGAGGAGGAGAAGAGUUGGGCUUGAGGAAGCCCAGCUGGCACCUAACCAUAGAGUAGACCCUCCUCAGCUUUCGUUUUGCUCUUUGUCUCACCAGAGUGUGGGGUGCUCUCUGCAGUGGGGCAUCCUCGCCAUCGCCAAAAGGCUUUUCCUGUAGUUCCCUCUCUGCCCGUGGGUUUGCAGGGUAACGCUAGGAGCCUGAAGAAUCGAGUACUUGUACCCCUCCGGCUUCCCCUAGCUCCCCACGGGUGCUCCUGAGCGACUGCCCGUCGCCUGCUCCAGCACAGCUCCCCAGAGUGUCCUACAGAGGAGGGAACUCCGUUUGCAAACAGCAGAGAGGCACGACUUGUGUUCUAGGAUGUAACUUAUAUUGUCUCCGUAUACAGAAUCCUUUCCAUUAACGUGUUCUUUGUUCUCUCCCCCAGUGUGAUUGUACAUAUGAAGAGAUAGAAUUGGUUUUAAAUGUUUAAACGGAAAAAAAAAAAUGUGUUUACUACUUCAGUCCCUUCCUGGGGUGGUGACGGCGAGGGUGACUCACGAGGGAAAUGCAGAAAAGUAAUAUAGCCAACAGGGCAAGCCGUGGAGACCCCGGGGUGGAUGGGGCCAGCUGGCCUGCCCCAUUCACCUCUGGUUUCCUGGCCUCAGAAAAGCAUUCUUUGCCUCCCUCUGUGAAACGGCAGCCUUUCCUCCAUUUCCCUGUCCUGCUGCCACUGAGCUGUGGACCUCAGGAGGGCAGAUGAGACAUCCGCUGGAGGGGCAGCUCCCUUCCUCGUCCCCCAGCACAGGGCCCUUAGGGGAUUUGGGGGGGAAGAAUGUCUCCCUGGCUGGCCCUCCACCACUGACUACAGUGAGUGAGAAGAGGAGAAAAACCUCCUGAUACCCAAGUGAGCGUGAACUUAACAGCCAUCCCCCCGUGAUGUUUUAUAGAAAGGACAUGAGAAUUUUCCUCCCUGUAGAGAGGUGACCCUUGAAAGUCUGUGUGUGAAAGUCCAGCCUUUGAGAGCCUGAACAGAUCUGGGGCUCCUUACCCCUCCCCAGCCCCAUCCCACAAAACACUCCCCAGAAGGACUUUCUUUCUCUCAGCCAACAAGCAUUGCCAAGGGAGCUACCUAGGGCCUCGCGGAGAGGCCGUUCCCGUUAGGACCCCCCCUGCCCCGGCUCAGUGGGUCCAGGACCUUCCUGGCAGCAAGGACUUGCUUAUCUCCAAGAAGUUUAGUUCUCUCUGCCAAAGCCACGAAGCGUAGCAGGAAGGGGCACCCCUGACUGCUCAUUGUAAGAAUACCCUGUUGGGAGUAAAAAAGUGAAGCACUUUAUUUUGGUUGUGUUUGAUCAAGUUCUGCUUAAAGGUGAAGAAACCUCACCAUAUCCAUGUGUGUAAAACCUAUGUGGAGUGUCACCGCAUGUACAUACUGUAAAUUAUUUAUUGAUGAGAUAAUGCAAGUAAAGUUAAGUUUGGUUGUUCCUU